ACAGUAUUACGACAGAUCACAUUUCACCAGCAGGUAGCAUUCACAAGGACAGUCCUGCUGCAAAGUACCUAAUUGACCGUGGUGUAGAUCGCAGAGAUUUCAAUUCAUAUGGCAGCCGGCGGGGCAAUGAUGAAAUCAUGGCAAGGGGAACAUUUGCAAAUAUUCGUCUUGUUAAUAAACUCCUCAAGGGAGAAGUGGGACCAAAGACUGUUCAUAUCCCAACAGGGGACAAACUCUAUGUCUUUGAAGUAGCAACGAGGUACAAGGCUGAUGGGCAUGAUACCAUAGUUUUGGCAGGAGCAGAGUACGGAAGUGGUAGCUCUCGAGACUGGGCUGCUAAGGGUCCAAUGUUGUUGGGAGUCAAAGCAGUUAUUGCUAAAAGUUUUGAGAGGAUCCAUCGCAGCAAUUUAGUUGGAAUGGGUAUAAUUCCACUGUGUUUCAAGCCUGGUGAGGAUGCUGAGACACUGGGUUUGACAGGGCAUGAGUGCUACACAAUAGAUCUUCCAAGUAGCAUCACUGACAUAAGACCUGGGCAAGAUAUUACUGUAGUUGUGGACAAUGGGAAAUCUUUCACAUGCACUCUUCGGUUUGAUACAGAGGUAGAACUGGCCUACUUCAAUCAUGGAGGAAUUCUUCCAUUUGUCAUCAGAAAUCUGAUAAAUUCCCAGCACUGAGCUUAAUGUUUCUUCAUGGUGCCUGGGGCUGUUGGUAUUGCUUGCGUUUGUGCCACCAGUGGAAGCUUUGAUAAAUCAAAGAAAUAAGCAGCAGAAAAGGGUGCCUUUUUUCCCUAGAUUCAUCAAGGUUGUACCUGUUUGAUCCGAGUACAGGAAUAAGAUUGACAGUGUAGAAGCAGACAAAUUUGAGAUUACUUGUUGAAAGCAUUAUGGUUUUUCGUGAACCUAUUAGUUUUAUUAUGCUUUAUUGCUUGUACUUUGUGCUGAUGCUAUACAACUGGACAAUCUGUGUGGUAAAUGCAAAUAAAGUGAUUUAAAGAUCUGUUCUUUUGGCUA